AUGGCGGAAGAGCUCAGGAAAGAGAUGAGCGACGCGAUGGCGCGAGUGAACAUGUGGGCGUCGACGAAGGAGAAGGAGCUCAACAACAUAAAGAUUGAGCACACGAGCUUCCUCGACACUCAGAAUGACCUUACACAACGACUGAAGCAAAGAGAGCGCGAAGCCAAGAAUAAGAUGGAAAAGCUGAUGCAAGAGAUCAACAAGCAUCAGGAAGGGAUCCGAUCGUUGAAAGUUCAGAACGAUUCCUUGAAGGGAAAGUCUGAGGAGCUUCCAUCUGAACUCAAGUCUCUGCAAGAAGAGCUCGAGAUGGAGAAGGAGAACUACAAGACCAUCCUGAACGACCUCGACAGCCAGGACAGUUCCAUGAGGAGGAAGAAGCAUGCGCUUGAGAUGGGGCACGAGCUCUACGAGACGAGAUUGGGCCUCAAGUUCGACAAGACGAAUGAUGGAAGCCUUGUCUUCAAGAUGCGAAACAUCGACCCCUCCUUCCCCUCCAGGGAAUUCUCCUUCUCGAUCAGAGUCGAAGAGGAUGAGAAGUAUCACGUCAUGCACUGCAACCCUGAGAUCGAUGGGCUGGACCAGCUGGUUGCGGUCUUGAACGACACCAACUCCCUCUCGCAUUUUGUUCGUUCGGUCCGUCAGAGCUGGAGGCAGCCUUACGCGAAGUAA